AUGCUCAGCAAGCUCGUCGUCCUCGCCCUCUCCGCCACCUCUGCGCUCGCCGUGUCCCCCCUCGGCGGCGGCACCUGGCGCAGCACCAACCCGAGCUUCAACGUGCAGACCUGCGAGGGCGGGCACGUCUCGGGCAGCGAGUUCUCCAUCCCCGCCAAGCCCAGCGGCUCCAGCUCCGGCGGCGCCUGCUCCAACGGCCACACGCGCGCCGAGCGGCGCUACACCAACGACUACUCGUCCGGCAAGCACCAGUUUGGCGGGGAGCUCAGGAUCAACUCGUUUGGCGGCGACCGCGUGUCGGUCAAGCAGACGUUCAACGGCGACGACGGGCCGUUCUUCAUCCUGGGCGUCAAGAAGAAUGGGGAUCUGUACAGCGUCGAGGGCGGCGGCAAGACGAUUGCGAGCGGCGUGGCCAGGGUGGGCACGACGGUGACGGUGAAUACGGUGCACGAUGCGAGCGCCAAGAAGUACCAGGUGUACGUGAAUGGCGAGCUCAAGUUUACGCAGAGUGCGCCGGGGGGGUCGUUUUAUGACAAGAUUGGCACGUACACGACGGAUAGCGGCGCUGGUCCGAUUGAUGUGACAUGGAGCAAUGUUGCGUUCUGGACACAGUAA